AUGAUUUCAUUCCUCAUAGAAGUGUUAUCAAGAGGUAAAAACGCCACACAGUCAACAGUCCGAUCAUGUAUUUCUUCUACUUCCUGUGAUCCAGAUAAGGCUGUAGAUGGCGAUAGAAACACAUGUAUGAAGACAAAAGAAAUAGGUCAAUCCUCUCCAUACAAAACUGUUUGGUGGACCGUAGAUCUCGGAGCCAAUUACAGCAUUUACAGCAUUAGCAUAGAUUUUAAAGACUAUAAGGAGUAUGGAGAUUACGAGAUGAGACAAAGAGGCCGUUUUGGUGGAUUUUCUCUUUACCUUUCGUACACACCUAAUAUAAAGGGUGAUGUUCUUUGUUACAAAAACAUGCUUCCAUUACCUCCCUUGGAGUUUAAUACAACAUGUAUUGGAUAUGGUCGUUACGUCAUCUAUUACAACGAAAGACUGGAUGGAGUUACUUACCCUGAAGGAUACCAAACUCUGAAUCUCUACACUGAGCUGUGUGAAGUGACAAAUGUAAGGAUGGAACCUAUGGUCCUGAAUGUGUUUAUAACUGCAGUGACCACUGCCUUAAUAACGCCUUCUGUAAUAAGAAGAAUGGAUUUUGUGAAUUGGGUUGUAAAAUCGGAUAUUCUGGAAAUCUCUGCAACGAUGUCUGUCAGGAAGGGUAUUAUGGUGAAAACUGUUCUAACCUUUGUCCAACAAAAUGCCGUUAUACAUGUCACCGUGUACAGGGAACCUGCAUUGAAGAUGAAGCGUCAACAGGACAAUGGAAACUAG